AUGGCCAAUGUGGUAGCAGAUGCUCUAAGAAGAAAGACCUCAACUUCUCUAGCUUUUUCUACAACACCUUAUCAGUCUCAACUUGCAGUUAUUCGAGAUAUGGAUGUGAGACUAAAGAUUAAGCCAAAGGGAGUUCUGCUGGCAACUUUUGUAGUGAGACCGUCAUUACUUAAGCAUAUUCAAGAGUCUCAGAGAUCAGAUGAAGAGUUAAUGACAGGAUUGCAAAGGUUGGAAAAAGGUGAACCUAGUGAAUUUGGACUUCGAAGUGAUGGCAUUCUUGAGUUUGAGGUAAAAGUUUGUAUUUUGAAGGAUACAGGACUCAGAAGAACUAUUCUAGAAGAAGCUCACUCUUCAGCCUAUACAGUGCAUCUAGGCAGCACUAAGAUGUAUCGUACGACCAAGAAAAAUGAUUGGUGGUUUGGAAUGAUGUGCGAGAUCGCAGAGAUUGUAGCAAGAUGCUUAGUUUGUCAACAAGUAAAAGCAGAGCGUCAACAACUAGCGGGACUGUUGCAACUCUUAUCUGUUCUAGAGUGGAUAUGGGAGCAUAUAACUAUGGAUUUUGUGGUUAGGUUACUGUACACUUUGUAG